AAUCCAACUCAUAAUGAGAAUUCGCGUGUAAAACGAUUUAAGUUUUUAAAGCGAAAUAAACGUUCACGCUUAACUUCUUUCCGCUUAUAUAUUUUGAUUUAACUUUUUAGUUGUUAUGGAUGUGAAAAAUCUCUCAGAGGACCGAAGUAAAAUUGCAUUGGAUUGGAACGAAACGGCUAUAAGAGAUAACAACGAGUUGAAUAAAUCACUAACAUCUUCUCCACGGGAACUUAGAAGCAUUUUGGAUUUCUUAGGAGCACAACAGUUUGAAAUGUUAUCUGCAUUAAAUGUAAAAAGCAUUCAACAAUUACUGAAUAUACCACUAAGAAAAUUACUUGAAAUUAAACUGAGUAACGAGCAAUUGCAGUUACUUAAAGCGGUUUUGGAAAAGGAAAUGUGUAUUGUUCCAAAGUCAUUGGAAUUAUCUGCGGACGAAAUGAGAUCGCUGAAAUCAAUUGCACAACAAUUGGAAAAAAUUGACGCCAAUGACGAUGAUGAUGAUCGACCCUUGGUUAUAGACGAAAGCAUUUUCAAUGUGGAGGAGAAUAUAACAUUAAAUUCCGACAAUGAACGAAGUCUUGAUGAAAUCGAGGAAUGUUUUUCUAAAAUUAAAAAUGUCAAGAUCCCUCAAUCCCAAGCUGCCUUAAAGGGAGUAAAAUCAGAGCUCACAGAAAUUAUAGCCGAAUUGAAUGGGAAAGAGGACAAAUUACUACGUCAACUACAGCAUGAUAAACCGGCACCCGAUACUGUAAACAAUGCUACCGGUGUUGGCACUGAAGAGGUCGUCACCACUACCAGUAAGGAACAGCCGAGUAAUAAACUUCAUAAUAUCGAUGUUCAACAAAUUGAUCUAACUGAGACUGUUAAAAUAGAAAAGCCUGCUAAACGGACAAAUGGCUCGCGGACUGCUAAACGUCGACGUAAACUAAACAAAAAUAGGAACAUAAAACCAACUGCCAAAGUCACGAAUAAAGCAUCUGGCGAUAAUACUACUUUUGAUCUAAACUUAAAUUCAAACGAAACAUCUCUUACACAAUCUUUAGAGGGAUCGUGUAAAACAAGUCAACCGUCCUCGGAGAUAUCCGCAUUGGGUAUCAUUUCUCAAAGUACAAUUUCUGAUAUUACAACUUCUGUGAAUAACGCGAAUCCAAUGCUAAUGCUAGAUUCGAAAGUAUCUCAAAUGUCUCCACCGUUUUCAGGAAGUCAGGGGAUUUUUUUUAUUAAUCCGAAAUCUGUAGUUAUUAUGCACGAAGAUCUUGCAAAAGCUACCAACAUAAUAAAUAAUUCUAUUGCACAACCGUUUAAUAAGCGUUUACAAAAGCCGCAAUUCAAUCUUAGUGCUAAUGAGAGCGCUGUACUUGUAGAUGUGUCCGAGUCCAACUCCAUGAAGAGUUCCCCAAAUCAUCUUUUUGCAACAUCCAAUAUGACUGCGAUUACUGCUGUACCUCUAACUCCAAUGCACUCUGACGACUCAAAGACCUUAUCAAAGGAAUUCGUAAACAGUAAAUUGCAAACCACGAGUAAGCCUUCAAAAUCAUUUUCAGCGGCACCAUUACAACAAAAGCUGCAACCGACGGUAUUGAUCAAGAAGCUGCCAACUCCACUAAGAAAGAAGGAAUACAAUGUGGAUGCAGAUAGUACUACGGCAAGCAUUGAUCUUCGGUCUUCUAAAGCAACGAAAAUGGAGCAAAUUGACGAAAGAAAGUUAUCAUGCCCAGCAUUAGGCGUUAAAAAAAGCAAGGCGGUGAAUUAUGCUAAGAAAUCAAAGAAACGUGUUGUUAAAGUUGUGACUGACGACAGUAAUAGUACAAACCAGGAGAAACCUAAUUAUCUUUCAGAUAUAUCAGACAAUUCAUGCGUACUUGAGGAGGUGUAUGCAUCCGAACGUGCACAAAGUACAGAAGUUUGUGAGAUUAAGGCAACUAAAACCGAUUGCGACCCCAUUUCUGUUGAGUGCGAUAUUAUUGAAUCCAAACAUGGACUAAAGUCAGUUUCGCCGGAAUCACCGCUCUUUGAAUCCAUUAAAAGUACAUCGGAAGAAUUAGACGAGAGUGGUACAAUAAAAUAUCGUGAAGGAAGUUCCUAUUCCAAUUUCAGUAUGGAAAACCCCGAAAAUCAGUCGGAGUCUUCUUACUGCAGUAGUACUCCAAAUGGUAAGUAUAUAUAAACACAUUAUCCCCUUUUUACACAAUUUGUCGGAUGACUAAAGAACUUGUUAAAAAAUUGAA